AUGGCCAUCAUGACGGAGGAAGUGGAGGAGAAGACGAUGGAGAAUGACCACCUCAGCAACGACAAUGUCGUCGCUAGUGGUGGUGGUGGUGGCGGUGAUCAUAUUUUCAGUGAUCUAUCAUCAUUAAGUUGUAGUAUUGAUCUUUCAAGUUUUAGUGUUCAUGAAGGAGCUGAGGAACAUUGUAUGACUACUAGUCCAGCAGUAGAACAAUCUCCGAUGACGACGAUGAUGGACCCGAUCAUCGUCGCUAGUGGUGGUGGUGGCGGCGGUGAUCAUAUUUUCAGUGAUCUAUCAUCAUUAAGCUGUAGUAUUGAUCUUUCAUGUUUAAGUGUUCAUGCAGGAGCUGAGGAAUAUUGUAUGACUACUAGUCCAGCAGUAGAACAACCUCCGAUGACGACGAUGAUGGACCCGAUCAUCGAUUGGGAUUCCUUCUGGAAUCAACCCUUCGACUUGGAUACACCAUCAAUAUCUUACAGCAAUAAUUAUCAAACCCUUUGUCUUGAUGAUUUUGGCAUUGACUACUACUGGUCGCCGCUGCCCGGUUUCAUGCAAGUACAAUAA